GAGAUCAAACAGAUCCAAAACAUGGAGGUGUAUACAUCAUUAUGAUGAUACCUAAUCUAGUAUUUACAUUUUGUUUUUAUUAUUUUUUUUAGUUUUUUUUUGUAACAUUGGACCGUUGAAUGAUGAUAAAUAGUGUAUUUUAUAAUAAAAAUUAAUUAAACAAUUGUUAACAUACAUUUUUGACGUGCGGGAUAAAAAUGUGUUGACAUUGUAUUGUGUGUGUUUUUAUUUUUUUUUUUUUCAACUCAAAAUAAUAAUAAGUAAUAAUAAGUAGUCACAAAUAGUGUAGCUUGAUAAAUAUUUGAAGGUUGUCAUUUGAUCACGAUUUAUAAAUUGUGUGUGCCUUUGACAAUAAUAAAUUAAUAUUUAUAAAAUUAAUUAAUUAAUGUGCUAGAAUGGCGGGUGAUGAAUCAACAAGCAUAACCUAUAAUUCAGGUGGUUUAAGAAGCUGGAGAAAAAAUAUUAUUUCUCAACUUCGAAAUAGAAAUCGAUCACAAACAUAUUGCUUUUAUGAUUUAAUAUGUUUACAUAAUCGUUUGUUUGAAAAUGCAAAUACCCUGAGGGGUGAAAAUUUGCAAUUGACAGUUGCUAAUGAGAAAUUAAGAUGUGAAGUUGGUGGAAAUUUUGGAUCAUCUGGAGCUAAUGCAGCCCUGGAGGCACGUCUUUUUGCUCAAUCUGAAGAACUCAUGACUCUACACAAAAGAAGAGGUGAAAAUACACAACAAAUUGUUGAUUUAAAUAAUAAAAUGCAAGAAUUAAUGAGAGACCUUCAAAAUAAAGAGUCAAGUUUAGCAGAAAGUUUAGAGUUUAAUGCAAAUUUACGAACAGAAUUGACAUUUUGUAUUAGUGAAAAACGUGACCUUGAAGGUGUUAAUCAAAUUUUAAGAGAUGAAUAUCAAGCAUUGCAGCUUGCAUUUGCUUCACUUGAAGAAAAACUUCGUAAAGCUCAAGAAGAAAAUCGACAACUUGUUGAACGUUUGAUUAAAUUAAAAGCUAAAGAUGCUGAGAAAAUGAAUGAGGAAAAUGAUAAUUUUUUAAAUGAGGGUUUUACCAGUCCAACAGCCUUUUUGAUGCAUAAAAUAUCAAAAUUUGGAAAAAGACAGGCUAAAGUUCAAAAAGAUUUAGAAGAUGCUGCAAAAGAUACUCGGGCUAUUAGUCCUGAUCGAGCAAGUCUACAAGAAGGUUUAGUUGGUUUAUGCGCUUCUGUUCCUGCCAAUAUUUAUCUUAAAUUUAGUGGCCAUGAUGGUGAAAUAAGUGCUGUCAAGUGGUCACCUGAUAAUCGUAUUUUAGCAACUGGUGGAGCUGAUAGAAAAGUUAAACUUUGGGAUAUAUCAAAAGGAAGUUACGAGAGUAAAGGAAAUCUCGUUGGAUCAAAUGCCAGUGUUAUGUCGGUUGAUUUUGAUACAACUGGUAAUCUCAUUCUUGGUUCAUCAAAUGAUUUUGCAAGCAGAGUGUGGUCUGUCAACGAUGGACGAUUAAGGCACACAUUGACGGGACACUGUGCUAAAGUACUUGCGGCAAAGUUUCUUGGUGAACCAUCCAAGGUAGUCACCGGUAGUCACGAUCGAACACUCAAGAUCUGGGAUCUGCGCAGUCGUGCAUGCAUUGAGACCAAGUUUGCUGGAUCAAGUUGCAAUGACCUCGUCACCUCUGAUGGUGCUGGGUCAACGAUUAUAAGCGGCCACUUUGACAAGAGAAUACGUUUCUGGGAUACCAGAGCCGAGUCAAGCUCCAACGAUAUUGUACUUCAGGGCAAAGUCACGUCGCUGGAUCUCUCACGUGAUGCCAAUUAUUUACUGAGUUGCGUGAGAGAUGACACAGUAAAGUUACUUGAUUUACGUAUGAAACAAAUUGUUAGCUCAUUCAGUGCUGAUGGGUUUAAAGUGGGCUGUGACUGGGCAAGAGCAACAUUCAGUCCUGAUGGACAGUACAUUGCCGUUGGCUCUGCUGAUGGAUCAGUAUUUGUUUGGAAUGUUUCAACAAAUAAAAUUGAAAAUGUACUCAAAGAUCAUACAUUUGCUGUAACAGCAGUUGCAUGGCAUCCACAUGGUACCUAUUUAGCAUCAGUAGACCGAGCAAAGAUGGUGGCUAUUUGGGGAGAUCACGUUUGACGUGAGGAGGAAUGAUUGUGCCCGAGGCGACGAGUGCCACAGUUGCCUCAUCGUUUGCUCUCAAAACUGAUUUUAAACGAGAGCUAUCUUGGGGAUAAUAUUAUCACCUUUAUAUAACAAAAUAUUGCAUCUUCUGAUAAACCCUGAAGCAACAUAAAAUAUUUUGAAAUACGGUCAAAAUGUGCAGCUUAAUAUUUAUUAAAAUAUUUACAAUAUCAACAUCAAAGCAACAGUAACAUUGUUUUAUUUUAUUUUAUAAUAGUUUUUUUUUUUUUUCCAUUUCCAUUUUCUAUGUUAAUUUGCAAUUAAUUUAUUGUGAUAGUGUUUAAAAUAAAAACAAAAAUAUACGUACAAAUAACUAUUUGAAUACAAUUGUUGUUGAAUACACCUUGGAGUGUAUAUGUGUGUGUGUGUUUGUAUUUAACUAUGAUAAAUAUUGUGUGGUGGGAGAUAACGAGGCACACGCCGAGUCUAAAUGAUAAUACUCAAAGACUUGGUGAGAGAGAGAGAAAAGGGUUAUCUAUCUUUUUUUAUCUCACUGUUUUGCAAUUGCUGGGGCAACAUUAUUUAUCAGCGCAAUUCCAUGUGCCAUGUAGCACAACACUCUGUUUCCAAUUGGGGAAACUCUAUCGAUUUCAAUACAAAUAUGCACUCUGUUAUUAUUCAGCUUCUAAAUAACAACGUUAUUAAUGGAUUUGCAGUGAUAAAUAUAUUGGCAAAUCAGGUAAAUAGAUUUUAUCUUAUAUUUAUGUAAUACGUAUGUGUUUAUAUUUUCAAAAUAUCACAUAUGUAUUAUAUCUAUCAAAAUUUAUUUGAUUAUCCAAAAUAUGUUGUCCAUCUGUAAAUGUAACAACGUUGAAAGGAACAAUUUUAACAGAGGUCAAUCAAGUGUAACUUGAUCAUCAUAUAAACCAAUAAUUUUGUAUAAAUCAAAUCAAGUUCAUAUUACAAUUUCAAACCUUUGUUAUUACUGUUUCUAUAAUUAAUUCAAAAUGAAUAUUAAUUAAGUGACAAAAAAAUAUAUAUUGUAAUAAAUUGUUUCGCGUUUUGAUAUUAACCGGUUCUUUUUUUUUUUUUUUUUUGUAUUAAAAAUUUUUUCUACAUUUAAUCGACUUUUAUGGAAUUUAAUAAAAAUAUAUAAUCAAAUUUUUUUUCAUUAUUUUUAAUUCAAUUUUUUCACACUUUAUUUAACAGUGUUAAUAAAUUAAAUCAAAAUCAAAUCUCACGUGUUAUACACUUUUUAUAAUGACAUUAUCGACCAAUACAUUUUCAUUAGUUGAGAUUUAAUCGGUUGUUUAAAUUUUUUUUUUUUUUUAUCAUAUAAAUCACGUUGCACAAAUUGUUUUAUAAAUAAAAAAAAAAUUGUCAAUAAAUAUGAUUAUGCACAGUGGCAACAACAUUAUACGUAUAUUUUUUUUUAAAUGAUAAUAAAUUGUAGAAAAUAAUUUUUUACAAUUUAACAGUUUAAAUCUCCAUUGUAAAUCAGCCAAAAUAAAAAUGAUAAAAAAAAAAAAAAAAUAUUAUAAAUCAUAUGUCAAUGUAAAUAUGCAUAUUUAAAAUGUAUUACUCUUGUAAAUGUUUUUGUUAAAAAAAGAGAAAAAUGAUUAUAAAAAAUAAUAUUUAAAUAAACUACUUGAGUACAUGUGUUACAGUAUUCUUGUUAUAUUUUAUCAAUAAAGAUAAAUGUUUUUUUAUUA